AUGAAGCGAGUUUUCGGGGGAAGAGACGACAACGAGGGCUCCUCUGUGGAAACACACUCGGAGUCGCACGAUGACGGCCCACCGCCGAACGAGCACACACGGCUGCUUCCGAACCGGGUCGACAGUGGCAACAGGCCAGGCUACCUGAGCCCGGACGAUCCAGCUGUAUCUCCAUACAACUUGUUUACUGUGCGGUUUACCAGAUACCUUACUGUAUUCUUCGCCAUCAUCACCUUCCUGUGGUGGGUGCUCCAGCUGGUGUCCAUCUUCAUCACACCCCCCGGUCUGUCCACGAGGGGGUCAGGGUUCUUCGGCUUCAGCUACUCCAGCAUUGCCCUGUCCACGUUGAUUGUGACCCUCCUCUUCUUUGCCGCCCCGUCAAAGGCGGCCCGGAUCCUCUCGGCAGUCGCCUCCGUACUGUUGCUCGCCAAUGUGAUCAUCAACGUGGCCGUCCAGAAGACCAGGCACGAGGAGGCAUGGACGGGCAUCGCGAGUGUCGUCUGGGCGUUUCUGAUGGCGGUCUGGUCGCUAUCCGCCGACCGGAUCGUCCAGUGGGGGAAGAGAGAGGAAGAGGAAAGGUUAACAGGCCGUGAGGAGCCCAGGCGGACUUUGCUCGAGUGGACCCAAGUGCUUCUCUCGACAAUCGGGUUUGCUGUGCUUGCCGUGGUCGCAUUGCUCCUGACCUUUACCCUCAUCCUGAGGGCCGUGGACGCUAAGGUAGCGGCUCCAGGAGAUCUGUACUGGGUCGAUGGCGACAAGUACCAGAUUCAUCUGUACUGCCGUGGCAACGAAACGGACUCUAAGGGGAAUAAGCUGCCGACCGUGCUUUUCGAGGGCGGAGAAGACCCAGUGGAGGACGGAUUAUGGCAAUUUGCAGACAAUGCUCUGAACAAUGGGUCCUUUAGCAGAUACUGUUUCGCAGAUCGUCCUGGAUACGCAUGGAGCGACACAGCACCGUCGCCAUUCUCUGCCAGCCAGGCGACAGAAGCCCUGAGCGAAGCACUCGCCCGUGCCGGUGAGACGGGACCCUGGGUCCUCGCCAGUGCUGGUAUUGGAUCCAUCUACUCGCGUGUGUUUUCCUCGCGACAUGGCAAGGAGAUCAAGGGGCUCGUCCUGAUCGACCCGCUGCACGAGGAUCUCCUCCACCGCGUUGGUACUCCCGGGAGGGGCUUCACGCUCUGGCUGAGAGGCGUCAUAUCCCCUCUUGGCCUCGACCGCAUCCCGGGCGCCCUCUUCAAUGGGCGCACGAGCGAGGACCGAGUCUUUGGGAGAGCCUCAUACCAGACUGGGAAGCAGAUAUUUGCUAAACUGCAGGAGAGCCUGGUGGCCGACUCACUGACGAAACGCGACGUCACAUCAAGCCGGGCCAUCCAAGCACCCGAUGUUCCUCUCGUCGUUAUUAGCUCGGCCAUCAAACUCCGGACCGACAGCCAGUGGGAGGGCAAGCAGCGAGAUCUCACCCAUCUGACCGAAAACUUGCACGAUUGGGAUGUUGUGAACAAGGCUCCGCACCAGGUAUGGAAAACGCUGGACGGGCGGGAUGUUAUCGAGAAGAGGAUCAGGCAGUUGGUUCAAGGGAAGUAA